AUGCAGAACAACGCGGACCAGGACGAGAUUGACUAUGAGGUCGGACAGGAACAACUGGAUGCCGUCGAUAGGAUGCUCGAGGAACUGGACAUGGAUGAGCAGUUUGAUCGAGUCCCGGCCGCCUUCCGGAUAGUAGAGCGGUUUGAACAGCAACAGGACCAACAGCGUCAAUUCGCCGCGCGUAACGGCGACAGUAACAACCACAACAACUUCUCUGGGGUGAAUGGGUAUCACCACGACAACGACACAAAGUCCUCGUCAUCACUUAAUGCGGGUGGUCAGGAUAUGCAGGGUUAUGCCAUGCAGAGCUCUGACGCCGAGGAGAUGGACCACGAAGAUAGUGAUGAUGAAAUGGCCGGGGAGCCGUUUGGGUAUAUCCCCCUUGACCAGGGCGACUUCAACGGCAUGGACGACGAGGAUGAGGAAGAAGACGAGGCCAACGAUAAUACAGGAUACGCUCAGAUGGAGAGUGACAACGAGAACGAGCAUGGGCACGAGAAUGGCAUCGACCAAGAAAAUGCUGAUGAGGAGGAGGACACAGAACAGGGAUACGAUGGUUACCUCCGCAGACGCAACCGUGACGGCACAGUCCCCGUCCCCGUUAUCCCCGCGGCUGUACAGAUCGACCUGGCCACUCUCAACGAAGACUUCAACGAAGACGGCACAGCAAGAGCGGAGGUGGCUGCAGAAUUGAUCCCGGAAGAGGAUUUGAAGACGAUUGCGAUGGUGAUGAACUCAUUCUCGUUACCAGCCCCCGAAUGGGCACAGUCUAUACCCGAGGACCGGUGGUUGCCUAGGAUUGUCCAGCGCGCCGAGACGUCAGGGAUUAGUGGUAGUGGAAGUGGUACUUCUUCUGGUACAACAGCCGCUGCCGAGAGAUUUGAUGCUGUGGCAGCGGCCCCGUCCGUCUUGGCUACAGCCACAAACACCACAGGCACCACAGACACCACAACAGCAGCUAUAGCCACAAUCGCAGCAGCUAGCACGAGAGCUCAUCAGCCUUAG